AUCAUUGUUGUCUAUAGAGGCAAUUUAGGAAGAAGAGAAAAUAUAGUAAAAGAGAUGGGAUUUCGGAUUCUUGCCUUGAUCUUGAUCUUAAUAUCGACGACUUUCUUGUAUUUGGCAUGUGUUGAGUCAAGAGUUCGCCACUACAAAUUCGAUGUUGUGCAGAAGAACAUAACGAGGCUAUGUACAAGCAAGUCGAUAAUUACAGUGAACGGGAAGUUUCCCGGGCCGACUAUUUAUGCGAGGGAGGAUGACACGGUGAUAGUGAGAGUCGUCAACCAUGUCAAAGACAAUGUUACGAUCCACUGGCAUGGAGUUAGGCAGCUACGAACAGGUUGGGCGGACGGGCCGGGGUAUAUCACCCAAUGCCCGAUUCAGACAGGGCAGAGCUAUGUGUACAAAUUCACCCUCACAGGGCAGAGGGGCACACUUCUUUGGCAUUCUCAUAUAAACUGGCAACGAGCAACGGUUCACGGUGCCAUUGUCAUUCUUCCGAAGCGCGGCACGCCUUAUCCGUUCCCUAAACCCGACAAGGAGAAGAUAAUCGUCUUAGGAGAAUGGUGGAAAUCCGACGUCGAAGCAGUCAUCGACCAGGCGAUGCGGCUCGGCAUCCCACCGAAUGUGUCCGAUGCACACACAAUCAUGGGACUACCUGGCCCUGUCCAAAACUGCCCUUCUCAAGGCUACAGUCUCCACGUCGAAAAUGGCAAAACGUAUAUGCUGCGCAUAAUCAACGCCGCCGUGAACGAAGAUCUCUUCUUCAAGAUCGCCGGGCACCAGCUGACUGUGGUCGAGGUCGACGCGUCGUACACCAAGCCAUUCCAAACCGACACGAUAUUCAUCGCCCCCGGGCAGACGACGAACGCGAUUUUGACGGCAGACCAAGGAACCGGGAACUACCUCAUCGCCAUCUCCCCUUUCAUGGACACCAUCGUCGCCACCGACAACGUGACAGCCACCGGCACGUUGCGCUACAAUGGCACCCUCGCCUUCACCGCCACCGACGUCACCGUCCUGCCCCCCCGCAACGCGACCCCCGUGACAACCAAGUUCAUGGACUCCCUCAGAAGCCUCGAUUCGAGAAAGUACCCCGCCGACGUCCCCGAGAGCGUUGACCACUCCCUCGUGUUCGCCAUCGGCGUCGGGAUCAACCCUUGCGCAACGUGCACCAACGGGACGCGCGUCGUGGCCGAUAUCAACAAUGUCAGCUUUGUUAUGCCUACUACAGCUCUUCUUCAAGCUCACUACUACAACAUAAGCGGUGUCUACACCGACGACUUUCCGCCGCGCCCUCCGACGCCGUUCGACUACACCGGCGCCGCUCAGCCGGCGAACAUGCAGACGAAGAAUGGCACCAGGGUGUACAGGCUGGGGUAUAAUUCUACAGUACAGAUUGUGUUGCAGGGGACAUCCAUUAUAGCACCUGAGAGCCAUCCUACUCAUCUCCAUGGGUUCAACUUCUAUGUUGUUGGGAAAGGUUUGGGAAACUAUGAUCCUGUUGAUGAUCCUAAGAAGUUCAAUCUUGUUGAUCCUGUUGAAAGGAACACAAUCAGUGUUCCUACUGGAGGAUGGACUGCAAUCAGAUUCAGAGCUGACAAUCCAGGGGUUUGGUUUCUACAUUGUCAUUUGGAGGUGCACACCACAUGGGGUCUGAAAAUGGCAUUUUUAGUGGAAAAUGGAGAGGGCCCAAAUCAAUCUAUCAUAGAUCCUCCUCUUGAUCUCCCCAAAUGUUGAGAAGAUAGUAAUUAAUCAUCAAUCCAUCCAUUCAAUUCAAUUCAAUUCAAGAAAUGCAGUAUUAUUAUUAUUAUUAUUAGCGAAGCUUACAUAUAAUUUGGCAAGAGGUUUUUUUUUUUUUUUUUUUUUCCUUUAAUGAGCGAAGAAGAUAAUAAUAAUUGUUAUUAUUAUGAAAGAAAUGUAUUUUCUUGAUUUGUUUAUGAAAAUUGU